ACACAGGAGCGGCGGCCACCGAGGAGGGAGCAGCGCCGGAGCCCCGACGGCGCCUCGCUGCAUGGAGCUGAGCGACUGAGAGCUGUCGCCACCCGACAGCUUCUGACUUCUUUCGGGACCCCGGCGUCCAAGCCCGCUCACCCUCUCUUGUCAGCCUCGGGGCGUUCAACGGCUCCGGCGGCCCCUGGGUCCCUGGGACCUGGCGUUCCGGGCGCUAGCCAUGGAGCGGUGCAGCCGCUGCCAUCGCCUCCUCCUGCUUGUACCGCUGGUGCUUGGGCUGAGCGCGGCCCCGGCCUGGGCAGGUGCAUCGCCCGUGGAUGUGCUUCGGGCCCUGAGGUUCCCCUCCCUCCCUGAUGGCGUCCGGAGGACGAGGGGCGUCUGUCCUGCUGAUGUGGCCUACCGAGUGUCUCGCCCUGCCCAGCUCAGUGCACCCACCCGCCAGCUCUUCCCAGGAGGCUUUCCCAAAGAUUUCUCUCUAUUGACUGCUGUCCGGACCCGCCCUGGCCUCCAGGCUCCGCUCCUGACUCUCUAUAGUGCCCAGGGUGUCCGACAGCUGGGCCUGGAGCUCGGCCGACCCGUCCGUUUCCUGUAUGAGGACCAGACAGGACGGCCUCAGCCCCUGGCUCAGCCCGUCUUCCGAGGCCUCAGCCUAGCAGAUGGCAAGUGGCACCGCGUAGCUGUGGCUGUGAAGGGCCAGUCUGUCACCCUCAUCCUUGACUGCAAGAAGCGUGUCACCCGGCCCCUCCCCCGAAGUGCUCGUCCAGUGUUGGACACCCAUGGAGUGAUCAUCUUUGGUGCUCGUAUCCUGGAUGAAGAAGUCUUUGAGGGUGAUGUCCAGGAGCUUGUCAUCAUUCCGGGGGUGCAAGCUGCCUACGAAUCCUGUGAACAGAAGGAGCUGGAGUGUGAGGGGGGUUGGAGGGAGACACCUCCAAAACAACAGUCUCACAGAACCCAGAGAUCUCCGAAGCAGCAACCACCGAGACUUCACAGGCCACAAAACCAGGAGCCCCAGCGACAGGUGAGGGAGCUGGGCAAGCUCCAAACUGCAGCACACCCCAGGGAGGGAAGACACGCACACAUCUCCCCAGGGGAACUUCCCCCGUCCACUGAGUCUCUCUACUAUGACUACGAGCCCCCCUAUUACGAUGAGAUGACUACGGGGACGACCCCUGAUUAUCAGGACCCCACCCCAGGUGGAGAGGAAGGAAUUCUGGAGUCAAGCCCCUUGCCACCCCCUGAGGAGACCUAG